AUGAGGAGGUUUUUGGUUCCUAGAACAAGUAUUGAGAAAGUGAAUGUUAAGCAACCGGAAGUCGAAGUAGAAGAAACACCCCCUAAUGUGGUCAAUGAGUUUAAUCCAAAUGAGAUUGUGCGUGAUCCAGGAUGUAGGAAACAAAUUCAUGAGUAUGCUCUGGAUAUUCAAGACCAAGUGAGGAGGGCAUAUAUUUUGAAGGGUCCAACGCAACCAGAUUUAGCAAGAUUUCCUCGUACUCAAUUUGGGAAGUCUUUAAGAGCAUUUUGUAAAGCAUGGUAUAAGAAUUAUACAUGGAUUGAAUACAGUGAGAUGAAGGAUGCAACUUAUUGUUUCUAUUGCUUUCUCUUUAAGCCGCCCGGGAGGGCUGAACACUUUGGUUAUGAAGUCUUCAACAAAGACGGAUUUAAAGAUUGGAAGCAUGCAUAUAAAGGCUUUAAAGAUCAUAUUGGUAGUCAUGAUAGUAAGCACAACUCAUGUAUGAAGCACUAUGACAAUUAUAAUAAUCAAAGACAAAGUGUGACAAGUAUCUUUGCUAGAGUAACUAGGGAAUCAGAAGAAUUGUAUAAGAUUCGUUUGACUUAUUCUUUAGAUUGUACUAGAUAUCUUAUAGCACAGUGCAUUGCUUUCCAUGGCCAUGAUGAAAACUCCACUUCUCUAAACAAGGGAAAUUUUAGAGAGAUGGUGGAUUGGGUAAAAUCUAAUGAUGAAAAAGUGAGAGAUGCUUUUGAUCGUGAUCCAAAAAAUUGCACAAUGACUUCCGGUGACAUUCAAAAGGAGCUUGCAACGUGUUGUGCACAUGAAGUUACCGAGGUGAUUAUGGAAGAGCUUGGUGAUAGACAAUUCUUUGUGCUUAUUGAUGAGUCACGUGAUAUAUCAGUCAAAGAACAAAUGGCGGUGAUGUUGAGGUUCUUGAACGACCAAGGGAAAGCUGUGGAACGAUUUAUUUCUCUACAUCAUGUCAAAUAUACUACAUCAGAGGCACUAAUGGAUGCCCUUUAUGGUAUUCUCGAUCGUCACACGUUAUCUAUUUCAAGGAUACGAGGGAAAGGAUAUGAUGGGGACUCAAAUAUGAGAGGUGAGUUUAAUGGUUUGCAAAGAAAGAUUCUAGAUGAAAACCCUUAUGCUUUCUAUGUCCAUGGUUAUGCUCAUCGUUUGCAAUUGGUGGUUGUGUUUGUUGCUAGUAGUUGUUCAUCUAUUCAUGAUUUCUUUGAGUACAUCUCCUUGAUUGUGCUUAGUGUUGUUUAUGAAGAUGGACGUGGACCAUCUCAAGCGGCGGGUUUGAUAGAAAAAAUGGAGAGCUUUAAGUUUGCUUUCAUUUUGAAGCUUAUGUUAAAGUUGUUUGGUAUCACAAAUAAACUUUCAAAAAUCUUGCAAACAAAAGAUCUUAAUAUUGUGCUUGCUAUGGAAUUAGUUGAUGAUGUUAAAGCUCGGUUGGCUACAUUGAGACAAUGUGGUUGGGAUGAUUUGUUUAUUGAUGUCCAAGAAUUUUGUUUUGCUCAAAGUAUUCCGGUGCCAAAUAUGGAUGAAGAAAUACUGGUUCGGGAUUUUCAAAGUUUGGCUAUGAAGAUGGUUCAAACUGAGAAACAUCUGGUAUUUCCAUUGGUUUACAAGCUCAUUGAGUUGACUUUGAUAUUGCCGGUGUCGACAGCAUCUGUUGAAAGAGCUUUUUCAGCAAUGAAGAUUAUCAAGUCUAAUUUGCGCAACAAGAUCAACGAUGUGUGGUUCAAUGACUUGAUGAUAUGUUACACCAAGCGGGAGAUAUUCAAGUCACUUAAAGAUGUUGAUAUUAUUCGAACAUACACCGCAAAGAAGUCUCAGAGAGGGCAUUUACCUCUUAAUUUUAUUUAG